AUGAAGAAACUCCUCUCUGAUAAUACAUGCGUGUCGAGGGCAGUGGCAAAAGGAGACAUCGUGAAGAGAAGAAUCUUGGUACAGGAAAACCCACCCAAUACAACGAAGGAGAAGAUCCAAAAGACCACAGAGGAAGCAACUGGCAAAGAGCGGGCCUGUGACAUCAUAAAAAUUUGGACCGAGACACGAGGCGAAGUAAGAGGGACGAUGAGUGCCGUGAUCGAUGUGCUUGAAGACGCUGCCGAAAAGAUUUUGAAAAUGAAACGAAUAAAAGUAGACUACACAUCCUGCCGAGUAAUAGAAUCAAGGGUAGAAAUACCGAGAUGCCUGAAAUGUCUCGCCUUUGGACAUAAACAAUGGCACUGCAAGGGACAGAACAGAAAAGGAUAUUGCUUCCGAUGUGCCAAAGAGGGUCAUAUAGCGCUGGAAUGUAAGGAAGAAACAACGCUGCCUUAA